AUGGGCUACGUGAUUGGAAAUAUCUAUGUCAUCACCACGGUGGCCGUCACUGGCGGUGCACUUUUUGGUUUUGACAUCGCUUCAAUGUCUGCUAUUCUCGGUACCCAGCAGUAUAAGUGCUUUUUCAACCAGACCGGCACCACCGAUGGACUGUGCGGCGGUCCAACCUCCGCAAAUCAAGGUGGCAUCUCGGCAUCUAUGCCCGGUGGAUCCUUUGUCGGUGCUCUCAUAUCUGGUAUCCUGACCGAUUGGCUGGGCCGAAAGCGUUCCAUCCAGGUCGGCUCCCUCAUUUGGUGCAUCGGAAGUGCUAUCGUCUGCUCCUCCUUUGGCAUUCCUCAGCUUGUUGUAGGCCGCUUCAUUAACGGUAUCUCCGUCGGUAUCCUCAGCGCCCAGGUUCCCGUCUACGUCGCCGAACUGGCUCAGCCUAGUAAGCGUGGCACUGUCGUCGGUGCCCAGCAGUGGGCUAUCACCUGGGGUAUCCUCAUCAUGUUUUACGUCUCCUACGGGUGCAGCUUCAUGACUGGAAAUGCUGCCUGGCGUACCCCUUGGGGCUUGCAGAUGCUCCCUGCCAUUUUCCUCUUUGGUAUGGUCUUUCUGCUGCCCGAGUCGCCGCGUUGGUUGGCUAAGCACGACCGCUGGGAGGAAGCACACGAGGUUCUGGCGCUCGUUCACGCCAAGGGUGACCGUAAUGCGUCCUUUGUCCACACUGAGUUGCAGGAGAUCCGCGAAAUGGUUGAGUUUGAGCGUCAUAACGCGGAUGCCUCGUACUUCGAUCUUUUUAAGCCCAACAUGAUCUACCGGACCCACAUCGGUAUGUUUACACAGAUCUGGUCCCAGCUCACAGGUAUGAACGUCAUGAUGCUUUACAUUACAUACGUCUUCGGUAUGGCCGGCCUGUCGGGUAACGCCAAUCUCGUUGCCUCGUCUAUUCAAUAUGUCAUCAACGUCGUUAUGACUAUCUUCGCCCUCAUCUUUAUCGAUCGCUGGGGUCGUCGUACCCCCCUACUGGUCGGAUCCACUCUCAUGAUGAUCUUCAUGUUCGCUAACGGCGGCAUCAUGGCGUCUUACGGAAAGCCAGCCCCACCGGGCGGUCUGAAUCACACACCCGAGCAGUCCUGGGAUCUGACUGAGGCCCCCAUGGCUGCAAAGGGUGUCAUCGCCUGUACGUACCUGUUUGUGGCGAGCUAUGCACCCACAUGGGGCCCGGUCAGCUGGAUUUACCCACCCGAGCUGUACCCAUUGCGUUUGCGUGGCAAGGCCGUGGCACUCGCGACCUCUUCCAACUGGAUCUUCAAUUUUGCUCUUUCCUACUUCGUGCCUCCGGCUUUUGAAAACAUUCAGUGGAAAACAUAUUUGGUUUUUGGCGUCUUUUGCUUCUCCAUGACCGUGCACGUCUUCUUUUGUUUCCCAGAGACCGCCGGUAAGACCCUAGAGGACGUCGAGACCAUGUUCAAUACCCCUGGUCUCAAGCCCUGGCAAACCAAGGUUGAAUUUCAACAUGUGCGAAAGCUCGAAUUGGGCACUAUCCAAUCGGACAAGUUGGCCAAUUUGCACGCGGAGGAAGGGACCGCACCGGUGUCAAAAUCUGUUGAGAAGGAGACUACCGUUACCCAGGUCGAGUAG